AUGAAUCCGCUUUUACGGCGGACUCUCUUCUCGGCCCCAUUUUUCAAAUGCACUAACCAUUAUCGUCUUCCACCAAUUACAAAUAGUUCAUUAAGAACUUUUCUUAAAUCAUCAAUUUUAUCUAAACCUCAUCCUGCGUAUAAUCAUGCUAAUUUCAAAGCAUCUUCUUCGCUAUUUGGUAGAAGUCGAAAUAUAAUUCGUGUUUUCUUUCGUAAAUGGCACGGACGUCAUAAUGGUACAGGUGCACCUGAAGUUGGUGUUCCGAAACAAAAUAUUACAGCACGUUAUAUUUUUAAAGCAAUGUUCGAUUUUAUUUGGCCAAAAAAUGGCAAACAAGUUAAAAUUCGUGUUUUAAUUGCAUUAGGACUUUUAUUGAUUUCUAAAUUAUUAAAUAUAAGUGUUCCAUUUAUGUUUAAAUACUUAGUUGAUGAACUUAAUACAGGUCGAACAUUACAUGGUGAUACAACACAAUCUACAAUUAUAUCUAUGGUUACUGCUUUACUUAUAGGAUAUGGUGCUGCACGAGCUGGUGCUGCUUUAUUUGGUGAAUUACGUAAUGCAAUAUUUGCAAAUGUAGCACAUCGAAGUAUUCGUGAAUUAGCAAAAAAAGUUUUUUCACAUAUACAUAAUCUUGAUUUGAGUUUUCAUUUGGGAAGACAAACAGGUGCAUUAUCAAAAGCAAUUGAUCGUGGAACUAAAGGCAUAAGUUUUGUUCUAUCGGCAUUGGUAUUUAAUAUUGUACCAACUAUGUUCGAAGUCGGUCUUGUCAGCGGAGUUUUGUGGUAUAAAUAUGGAUUGUCAUAUGGAGCUAUCGCUUUUGGUUGCAUUGCUGGGUAUACUGCAUAUACAUUUGCAGUUACUCAAUGGAGAACAAAAUUUCGUGUUCAAAUGAAUAAAGCGGAUAGUGAAGCAGGCAAUCGAGCUGUUGAUUCAAUGAUUAAUUUUGAAACUGUUAAAUAUUUUAAUAAUGAAGCUCAUGAACUUGAACGAUAUGAUAAAACAUUAUCGGAAUAUGAAACAGCAUCAAUCAAAACACAAACAAGUUUAGCAAUGUUAAAUUUUGGUCAAAAUGCGAUAUUUAGUUUAGGUUUAACUGGUAUUAUGUUAUUAGCUGCUGGUGGAAUUAGUGAUGGUUCAAUGACAGUUGGUGAUUUAGUUGCUGUAAAUGGACUUGUUUUUCAAUUAUCAAUGCCAUUAAACUUUUUGGGUUCAGUCUAUCGUGAAGUUAAACAAUCGGUUGUUGAUAUGGAAACAAUGUUUCGUUUAACAAUGGUUGAAUCAAGUGUUAAAGAUAAAGAGAAAGCAUCAUCAUUGGCAAUUAGUCCAGAACAAUCAUCAAUUGUUUUUGAUAAUGUUACUUUUGGUUAUAGUGAAGGUCAAAAAAUUCUUGAUAAACUUUCAUUUACUGUUCCUGCAGGACAAAAAGUUGCUAUUGUUGGUGGUUCUGGUUCAGGUAAAUCAACAAUUGUACGUCUUUUAUUUCGAUUUUAUGAUCCACAAAGUGGACAAAUUCGUGUAAAUGAUCAAAAUAUUCAAGAAGUAUCUCUUCCAAGUUUACGUAAAGCUAUUGGAGUUGUACCUCAAGAUUCAAUAUUAUUUCAUGAUAAUAUUUUUUAUAAUAUUAAUUACGGAAAUUUAAAAGCAUCAAAAGAACAAGUUUAUGAAGCAGCUAAACUAGCUGAAGUACAUAAUGCUAUAUUAAGAAUGCCUAAAAAGUAUGAAACAGUUGUUGGAGAACGUGGGUUAAAAUUAUCCGGAGGUGAAAAACAACGUAUAAGUAUUGCCCGUGCACUCCUAAAAGACCCAAUUAUACUUAUUUAUGAUGAAGCUACUGCCCAUUUAGAUACAACAACUGAACAAGCUAUUUUAAAUUCUCUUCAAAAAUUAACAAGAAAUCGAACAUCAAUCGUUAUUGCACAUCGUUUAAGUACAAUAACUGAUUGUGAUAAUAUUAUUAUUUUAGAUCAAGGUAAAGUUAUUGAACAAGGUACACAUGAUGAAUUAUUAGCAAAAGAAAAUGGUCAUUAUGCAACUAUUUGGAAUACACAACGUACACAUCGAAAACUUCGUGAAGAUAAAAAAGAAGAAAUUACUGUAGAUGGAAAACAAGUAGAAAAAUAUGAGAAAAAACCAAGUGAUGAACCUUUACAAAAAUGA